AUGCCAUCUACCUUCUUCAACCUCACCAUAGCCUUCUCACUAUCACUUCUAGGGACACUUAUAUUUCGCUCUCACCUAAUAUCCACAUUACUAUGCCUGGAAGGCAUAGUAUUAUCCUUAUUUAUUAUAACUUCAGUAACUUCCCUAAACUCCAACUCCAUAAGCUCCAUACCAAUCCCCAUCACCAUCUUAGUUUUCGCAGCCUGCGAAGCAGCUGUAGGACUAGCCCUACUAGUAAAAGUUUCAAACACGUACGGAACAGAUUACGUCCAAAAUCUCAACCUACUACAAUGCUAA